CUUGCUUUAAGUGCGCACGACCAAAAAGAAAAGACAGCACUGAGGGAGGAAAGAAAGGAAAAAGAUAGAGGCAGACUUGGCUGAUGCAUCUGUGCCACAGCAUCCAUUUCGCGGCGAGGAGUGUGUGAGGCGCAGGGGGACGGUGCGCAUUUCUCUCAGAGACACGGCGCUUCGCUCCUCUCUCCUCCGAACUCAGUUUCCUCGAGCGGCUGACGGGCGGAAAGACACGUCCCCCCCCUCCUCCCCUGCAUUCAUCCACACGGACUGUAUUUCAUAACAAGCCUGUUUACUUGGAGCCAAGCCGCGGUUCCCGUCGCACACACCGCAUCUUUGUUUGUGGAGCGGGAUUUGCGGUGCGCAGCUCAAGGCGCAAAAAAAAAAACAAGGGGGAAUAUCAGACGGUUCAAGUUUUCCUGGAAGUUGCGCAUUGACAGAAAAAAAAAAAACAAAACAUGGGAAUCUGUGGCCAUUUGGCGGUGCCCGGGAAAAGCCUUGUGGUCCUCGGACUUAAAUUGUUAUUCCUUGUACCUGCAGGAGUUCCAGCCAGGAGCGGGGAUUCUGUAUUAAAGGACAACAUCACCGUCAGACAGGGGGACAGCGCCGUCUUAAAAUGCAACGUGGACAGUAAAGUAUCCCGAGUGGCAUGGCUCAAUCGAACCACCAUUCUAUUCGCAGGAAGUGAGAAGUGGUCUCUGGACCCCCGCGUCAUCCUGAUGGAAAACACAGCCGUCACAGAGUACAGCAUCAAGAUCCAAAACGUUGACAUCCACGACGAGGGGCCCUACGUCUGCUCCAUUCUCACAAACAAGAAACCAAAAUCCACAAAAGUGCAUCUCAUCGUUCAAGUACCCGCCAGGAUCACCAACAUAUCAAAGGACGUCACAGUGAACGAGGGCAGCGACGUUAAUCUCAUGUGUCUGGCGGUGGGUCGACCCGAGGCCAACAUCAUAUGGAAGCACCAUUCACCAAGAGGCACCCAUAAAUUUGUGAUGGAGGGAGAAAACCUGGAGCUGACAACCAUCACCAAAGAGGAGUCAGGAUCAUAUGAGUGUAUCGCUUCGAAUGACAUCUCGAGCCCCGAUGUCAGGACAGUGCAAGUCACCGUAAACUAUCCGCCCUUCAUUUCUAAGGCGAGGAGUACAGGUACUCCAGUUGGACAGAAAGGAGUCCUGCAGUGUGAAGCCUCUGCGGUCCCGAGGGCAGAUUUUGAGUGGUACAAAGAAGACCGCAGGCUCUUCAAUGGCCUGAACGGAGUCAAGAUUGAGAAUCAAGGUAAACAGUCAAUGCUCGUCUUUUUCAACGUCUCAGAAGAGGACUAUGGGAACUACACCUGCGUUGCCAUGAACACCAUGGGAAUCACUAAUGCAAGCAUAAUCCUUUAUGGUCCCGGUGCAAUCCAUGAUGUGAACGGUGCUGCAGUGCUGCCCGGUCGCUCUGUUUGUCUCCUGCUGACUGUCACCUUACUCCACCUGCUGAAGUUCUGAUGUGAAAUUGCAAACCUUCAAGCUCUCUCCGCAUCGAACAGCGAGAACAGACUAUUAGUCCAAUUAGAAGAAUGGGAAUCAAAGAGCGACACUGGUUCACGUUUAGUUAUGUUGAUUUUUGUUUCUUUCUGGCUUUGCAACAGAGUCUCUGUCAGCUCGCCUCUGAGGAAGUGAAAAGUUUGAAUCAUGCACUAAUUUGAUGAUGGUAGAACUACUGAGUUUGUGUCUCCCCAAACCUUUUUGUAUGUGGAAAGGGAAAAAACAAAAAAAAAAAAACAUAUAUAUAUAUGUAACUGUUGAUAGUUGACUGUUUAUUGCCCAAUAUUGAAGUGAAAAUUCAGAUUAUUAUUAUUGUGUCACAUCCUGUUCAAUAUCUGUACAAUAUCAUUAAGCUUUUUUUAAGUAAACAACAAAAAGGGAAAAAAUGCAAUGUGAUUGUUGAAUUUUACUGUAUUUUUACAGUUGUAUGCAAAACAGAAUAAUAGAUCAUUCUUGAUAAACAGUUGAUUUCUCAGGCAACGUCCUACAUCAUAGAGCAUCUGACUUUUUAUUUCUGUUGUAGUGUGUGUAGAAAAUGUACAAAUGUGUACAGACAAUUCCUGCACUGUUGUUUUUUUCAAAAGGCAUACACUUAUCAAAUGGCAUUUCUGAAACACCUAAUCCCUAGUGUCAUAGCAGCUCCAUGGUAUAUUCAUGCUGAAAGUCUGAAAGAUUUUUCUGCUUACCAUUUUUGUGAUUUGUCAUUUAGGAUAUGAGUGACUGAGCUGCUUCAUUUUCUCCGGUCACAAUAAACUUAUAUGAAAGUAAACUAUGCAUUAGUUUACUUUUUUUUUUUUAAGGCCAUUGUCUAACACUGGGGCUUAAAUUGUUGUAUAGUUAUCAUAUAAUUUACCCUGGCAGUAAGUUAUAUAUAAAAAUCUGCAAAAAACCCAUUCAUAUUUAACAUAACAUGCAGCCUUGAAAGUAGGUUUCUCAGGCAGCCACAGUGGUCCUCGAGUUUUCUUGGUUGAAGUCAGUGGACUUUUAUGCAAUUGAGGCCUUGUUGUUGGGUUUGCAGAGCCAGAGAGGUUGCAGCUUAUCACAAAUCAUUAUUAUUAUUUUUACUUGAUAAGAAACUUUUUUUUGUUGUUGUUUUUUUAAUCCCUAGAUUCACUUUAAAGUAUCCACAACCAAUCAGUUAGAACUUGCAAGGUUGUUAAGUUAAAAUACACAAUAGUAAAUAUGCAGGAGGUAAUUUGUUUUUAUUCAUAUCUGCAUAAUUUGUUUUAUUUAAAAAAUAUAUAUUGUCAUUGCUACUUAUUGUGAGGUUAUGCAAAUGUGAGUAUGACAAUAAUGUAACUGUCCAUUGUGGUGAAUUACUAAAAACACAAGUUGAUCUAUAGCAGUGCAUUAAGACAGAAUAGGCCUAACAGCAGUUGAUACUUUAAUUUGUCCCUUCAGAUAUUUUUAAUAUAGAAUUGAAUGUAUCAUUAUGUUUUACACUGAAACACUAUCCGUUUGUCAUACAGAAAAAAUCAUAUUUCUCACCCAAGAAUUUAAAUCUUUUAAUUUUCCUGUGCAGUAGUGAAGAAGCUGGAUAAACAAUUGUUUUCAUUUAGAACCUUUAGUUAAAAUAUGCUUGUGGAGGCUGAGGAGUUUUUUGAUAAUAUCAAAUCAAAUCAAAAAAAAAAAAAAAAAAAAAAGAAAACAGUGCACUGCUCUAUCCAAGCCACAGAUAAUACAAGCAGGAAUAUUUUGUGAAUGACAGGACGGUAAAAUCAAUUCAAAUGAAUGUUCCGUGUAGCUGCUAUGAGCCACCCCCCCCCACCCCACCCCGGUGUUACGGAUGCGUGCUUUUAACCUGGUUUGCCCAGAGAUAAUUGGCAGAUGCUGCAGGGGUGACUGUUGUGUUCUGUGGUUGGUGGAUGCAUUUUAGAGAGACAUUUUUCAGUCUGCCUUGCACAGAAAUUUCAAAUGACCAGAAUAUACAGUACUUACAGCACAAGUGAUUGAUAAUGUGAUGUUCUGCUAUUGUCCAGUUCACGCCUGUGCAUACCUGUGAGUAAGAAGUGUUUUGAAGACAAAACAGCAGGGGUGAGAUUGAUGUAUGUGGGAAUGCUUUUGUUGUACUCACAUGUUAAGUUAUGUGCUUGUGAUUGAUGGUUGAACCAGUCAACUGGACAGGACAUGUCGCAGGAUGACAGGGGAGAUCCAGAUGCCUGCAAAACUAAAGUUAAGGGUCAAUGUAACGCUUUUCAUCUCAGAUAGAUGAACAUGAUGAAUAUUGAUGUCAAUAAGCUUGAAUCAAUUUGUUUAAAAUCCCAAUUAAAACAGAACUGAUACUGGAAUUUACUUAAGGUGUAUUUUUGCAUAUAACAACAGUAUCAUUAUUGUGGUGACAGCUUGUACUUUUUUAUGGAUUAAGGUUUUAACAUCAUGUAUUCCACACAUAGACUGUAUGUCAAGCUGGACAUGAUGUCCCCCGCUUCCUCCCGUUGUAUAAAAAUAAAGCCAAAAUAUUCCAGAUACGGGUGCUGACAUCUUGAACUUCUGAUGUCAUUUGGAGCCAGAGUCUGCAAGGUAGUGAUGAUGGUGUGGAGCCGCAGAGAUCCUGCUGAUACGCGGUGAUACAGCGUCGACUAAGCAGUCAAUGACAUUUCAGCCUGUUUUUAUAGCAUCAAAUAAAGAAUUUACACUUCUCAGAAAAACACUUGAACAUACAUCAGUGUGUUUAGAACUACCUAAAAUUACAGAAACCAUCUUUUGGAAAAAAAUAAAGUUUUUAACAUUACACUUUUUAGUUAGUUCCAUGUCCCAUCUGCCAACAUGGAGGAGAUGAGUUUCAUAUAUUUCAGCUAGCUACGAAGGGGCAUUCCAGAUAUGACUCAUG